AAUAGAGGCAAGCCCAAGUGGGAGCAUCUAAAUGAAGAUUUACAUGUACUAAUCACUGUGGAAGAUGGUCAGAACAGAGCAGAAAUCAAAUUGAAGAGAGCUGUUGAAGAAGCAAAGAAAUGAUUGGUACCUGCAGCAGAAGGAGAAGACAGCCUGAAGAAGAUGCAGCUGAUGGAGCUUGUAAUUCUGAAUGGCACCUACAGAGAUACCAACAUUAAAUCACCAACAACCCAGGCUGCUCCAAGGAUUAUUACUGGGCCUGUGCCGGUUCUCCCACCAGCUGCCCUGCGUACUCCUACACCAGCUGGCCCUACCAUAAUGCCUUUGAUCAGACAGAUACAGAUCACUGUCAUGCCAAAUGGAACUCCUCACCCAACUGCUGCAAUAGUUCCUCCAGGGCCCAAAGCUGGCUUAAUCUAUACACCCUAUGAGUAUCCUUACACAUUGGCACCAGCUACAUCAAUCCUUGAGUAUCCUAUUGAACCUAGUGGUGUAUUAGGUGCGGUGGCUACUAAAGUUCGAAGGCACGAUAUGUGUGUCCAUCCUUACCAAAGGAUUGUGACCGCUGACCAAGCCGCCACCGGCAACUAACCUAUGACCUUCUGACCUCUGAACUUUUCACCCAAUGAUGACCUGACCAUGCCUGCCUGCUGAUCAGUUAACUGGUAAUCACCUUUGCUUGCCUGUCGUCAGUGCAGCAAGCUGAGGCACUUGUCAGUUCAUCUUACCAUCUAACCAAACAAAAGACAAAGAAAUUGUUGUCCUCCAACUCAGUUUUUUUUUUUCCUGUUUGGGUGAAAGUGGUUCUAGUAAAGCAAUAAGGCCCAAUUCAUCCUACAGCACUGAUCAUUUUCUAAUAUCCCACCCUAAGCAAAUGGUAAGAAGGCCUCUCUUAAGAAGGGGAGACAGAUGGCCCUUAACUACUCAAUGACAGAGGCAGUUUCUGUGAGAGACUUCUAGCAAUCUUCUUCUUCUCAUA